UUGUAUGUGCUUCAGAUGAACUAUAUUCGACUAGUGAGUCCUGGAGUUGGUGGAGGAGGAGGAGGAGGAGGCAGCGCCACACUCAUACGCCCAACACCUCCCACCAACAAGCCCAUUGCUCCUGCUGCCUCUCAGCCCAUCAAAAUUAAGGCUAUGCCCAUUGCUCCCAAUCAGACUAGGAACAAGCAGCGCGUGAUCAUCCCAGUGUCCGGCUCAGGCUCGUCCAAUGUGUCGGGUGGGAUGCCUCAGACCAACCUGACCCUCCCAGCCUCUGCCCUGCCCCCAGGAGUCCUUUCCAACACCCAGCCAGGUUCAGUGGUUAUGAUCCCAGCUCACUACAUGUCACAGCUUCAGUCAAACACUACAAGCAACAGCACAAUUCAAGCAUCAAACCAGAUUCCUCCAGGAACCAUCAUCCCACACACCACAAAGCCACAGCCUUCUCGCACAAUCAUUGAUGCAAAUGGGAUCAGACCAAGAAAACCUUGCAACUGUACAAAGAGCCAGUGUCUUAAAUUGUAUGUCGUGGUGGAAGAGUUGGUAGCCCUGCACAUGUCCAUCCGAGAAUUACGUCACAGGUGGGCACAAGCCGCAGUCAUUCGCCGGCGCCUCCCUGCAGUCUCAGGUAGCAGCGGCGAUGCGUAGUGCUGUUGCUUUGUACUGAGUGAGCGUGAAUGAACCCUCGUGACGAUAUAUGGUGAUGGACGUGUGGGCCUUUACGUUGUGGAAACAGAAGUUGAGGGGCGGGGAACACUUAAUGGGUGGAUGACCACCAUCAGGGCCGCCAUUCCACCGCAUUCAUGGCCACCCUACCCACGCUCAUCCAGUCACGUCCCCUUAGUGCAGCGCCCCUCAUCUGUAUGUAUGCUGAAGAGACACGGAAAAAUGAACACUCGUGUCUCUGUGAAAUAUUGUGCGCCAUAAAGUCUCUUGUCCUCUA